AUGCUGAGAUGCUUUGAACUUAGUUCAGAGUUGAAGAUAAAAUUCAGAGAAUCUUGUCUUGUUGGAGUGGGUAUACAGUCGGAUAUGGCUGAGGUUCUGGCUCGGGUUUGCGAGUGCAGGGUAGGAAAUUUACCUUUUUCGUACUUGGAUAUUCCUCUUAGAGUCGAUCCCAGGAAAAUGAGAAUGUGGGAGCUGAUUGUAGAAAGAUUUCAGACGAUGCUUUCGGGUUGGAAGAGUAGAACAUUGUCAUUUGCAGGAAGGGUGGUUCUCAUCGGUUCUAUCAGCCUUAACUUUUUCGCUUACAGGGGUCUCGGGGCACUGGUGGCUCAUUUUAAUAGCAGCUGCUGGCUUGCGCGUGAUGAUAAAGUUUUCAAUGGGAAAUCUUCGAACAUUGAUGAUACCCUGUUUAACAUUAAAUCGCGGGCAAUAAUUUGGAUCAAAGCUUUGCAGGUCGAGUGUUUGGUGAAUUUUGAUGGUUGGUGGGAUAACUUUGUGCUGUAUCCUUUUAAUGCUCAAAUCAAAACUUAA